AUGGAGAUCGAGAACAUCGUGGCCAACACGGUGCUGCUGAAAGCCAGGGAAGGGUGUGGCAAACGGAAUGGACGCAGUAAGAAAUGGAAGGAGAUGCUAAAGUUACCACCUCUGAGUUAUUGUGACGACCUUAGAUGUUCAAUCGAAAAAAACUAUAACCAGCUCUGUGACAAGCAGCCAAUAGGGAGACUUCUCUUCAGACAGUUCUGUGACACUAGGCCAGAUUUGAAGACAUGCAUUGAAUUCCUGGAUGCGGUGGCCAACUAUGAAGUGUCUUCAGAUGAAAAGCGUAAAGAUUGUGGUCUGAAAGUUUUAGACACAUACUUCACUAACUUGUCUGCAGCCCACUUACCGGAAAUACCUCAGGAUACAGUGAAUGAAUGUAAAACAAGACUGGAGCAGAACCCUUGCAAAGAUCUUUUUAAUGACUGCACUAGGAUUGUCCAGGAUUAUUUAAGUGGAGCACCUUUUGAGGCUUACCAACAAAGCAUCUAUUUCUCCCGUUUUUUACAGUGGAAAUGGUUGGAAAGGCAACCAGUAACCAAGAACACAUUUAGACAUUACCGAGUACUAGGCAAAGGAGGAUUUGGAGAGGUAUGCGCUUGCCAAGUGCGGGCAACAGGAAAAAUGUAUGCUUGUAAAAAGCUAGAAAAAAAGAGAAUAAAGAAGAGAAAAGGAGAAUCGAUGGCAUUAAAUGAAAAAAGAAUUUUAGAAAAAGUGAAUAGUAGAUUUGUAGUUAGUUUAUCCUACACCUAUGAGACUAAAGAUGCCCUAUGUUUAGUAUUAACCAUUAUGAAUGGAGGAGAUUUAAAGUUUCACAUUUACAACAUGGGAAAUCCUGGCUUUGAUGAAGAAAGGGCUGUUUUCUAUGCUGCAGAGCUCUGCUGCGGUUUGGAGGACUUACACAGAGAGAGAAUUGUUUACAGAGACUUGAAGCCUGAAAAUAUUCUCCUUGAUGACUGUGGACACAUCAGGAUUUCAGAUCUUGGAUUAGCUGUGCAGAUCCCAGAAGGAGAAACAGUCCGAGGGCGGGUUGGAACAGUUGGAUACAUGGCUCCAGAAAUCCUCAACAAUGAAAGCUAUACAUUCAGCCCUGACUGGUGGGGUCUUGGCUGCCUAAUUUAUGAAAUGAUUCAGGGACAGUCACCAUUCAGGAAGCGUAAGGAAAAGGUCAAACUGAAUGAGAUAGACCGAAGAGUGAAGGAAGACCAGGAAGUGUACUCGGACAAAUUCUCAGAGGAGGCAAAAUCCAUUUGCAGGAUGUUACUUGCCAAAGAUCCAAAGGAACGAUUGGGGUGCACUGGAGAUGGAGCUGCUGCUGUAAAGCAGCAUCCCAUUUUCAAGAAUAUUAACUUCAAGAGACUGGAUGCAAACAUGUUAGAACCUCCGUUUUUACCAGAUCCACGUGCAGUGUAUUGUAAGGAUGUCUUGGAUAUAGAGCAAUUCUCCACAGUAAAAGGAGUGAACCUGGAUACUACAGAUGAUGACUUCUAUUCCAAAUUUGUUACAGGUUGCGUCUCAAUCCCUUGGCAAAAUGAGAUGAUUGAAACAGAAUGCUUUCAAGAGGUCAAUAUAUAUGAAACUGAUGUCACUUUGUCACGAGACCUAGAUAUGAGCAAAGAUACUCCUAGACCAAAGAGAGGCUUCUUUCACAGACUCUUCAUGGGUGGGGUCUGUUUUAAAUCUGGUUACAUUGAUGAUGAAGAGGAGUUCUCUAGACUCUAAAUCAGAGAAUUGUACCCAAAAAAUAAAAGGAUGAGUGAACUCUGAAUGUUUUUAAUCUAUGUAAAGUGUAUUAUAAAUGUAAAAAAAUAUGUAUGGGCUUACAGAUAUUGUAUAUUUGUACUUUAGUUUUAAGUGUCAAGAUGUAUAUUUUCACUAAAUCUUUAUUGUACAAAAGCCAUGAGUGCCACUUAAGUGUAAGCAUGUAUGUGUGAUAUAUUAUGUAUUUUAAUUGGAAUGAAGGUGGAAAUACUUAAGGGUUUUAAAGUACAGAAACUUAUGCUAUCUGUGAUAUGGAUGUUACUUGGCUUUGGGGAUUAUGUUGUUGUUGUUCCUGGCAACUCUACUGAAAGGCACUGUUUCUUAUUCCUCAGAAUAUUAUUUAGGUUUGUUCUCAACAGCAGACUUGUUAUACUGAUUAGUAUUAAUAUUUCUGGUGUAAAUAGCACUUCAUUUCUGUUUGCUGUCAGAUUGCACUCUAAUAUAGUUCCCAAGUCAUUUAAAAUGAAACUGCUAGGAAAAGAAGGAAUGAGUUCAGUGCACUGUGACCAGUUUCUGUAAAAUACUUUUUACAAGUUGGGAUUUAAAGACUAUUUGUUUGUCUCAAGUUGUUCCUGCUUUGUAUAUUGUGUGUAAUAUGUAAUGCCUUAUUUUUGAAACAAACUUAAUUUCUCCAAAUGUUGAUAUCAGGAGACAGUAAUAGAUUUCUGACUAAGUAUAUAUAUUUUCCCCCAUUUAUUAGAAAGAUAAAUGGUUUCUCUGUAUCUUUUUAGAAUAAUUGCCUUUCUAUUCAUAUCUUUGUCAGGAGUGAACACAACAGGAAUUCCAGAUUUUUUAGAAGUAGUAAUUUAUGCUUUUGGUCCAUAGCUUUCCCCGUCCCCACUCUAGCUAUAGCUUAUCUGAGUAAGGCCUUUGUCUACACUGGAAUCAGAACCAUGCCAGCUAUACAACUUGACUAUGUUUUGAAUGUUUCAUGGUUAUUGCUAACAGAAUUUCCCUAAGCACUGUGGACAGAACUUUUUUCCCUGAGAUUGUUAGCCAACUCCUUGCUAUAGGCUUUCAUUUAUAGCAAGGAUUGGUAAGUUGGAAUCUCAAAAAAUGGUAUGAUCUGAUCUACCACACAAUACCUCCUUGCUUAUUGCUAUUGUAGAUUCUUACAUUUUAGUUACAGCAUUGACUGUGAUCAUGACUACUGAGUAAAAAUAAAACUAAUAAUUAAGAAUCUUUCUGUAUGAACUCUUAAACUCAUCAAAAAAGAAUAAUUCCCUAAGAACCAAGUCCCACUGAUAUUCUUUCUUAAAGGUGGAACUGGUACUGCUGCCUGUAGAUAUGAUUGCUCAAGACUUUCCAUUAUAAGACCCAAUUUUUUUGUUGCUUAUAACUUUGCCAAAUUUUAACCUUCUUGGCUGAAGCUAUCCAUCCUAGAUGUCUGCCUGACUCUUUCUACCUACCUACUAAAAUUGUUCAGAUGUUUCUAAGAUCACAUUAAGGUCCAAACAACACAUUUUGCCCAUGUUAAAAAUAUUCUUACAACUAUUUCAUUGAGAGGCUGUAAUGCUUCCACACGUUGGAUCAGGAACUUGAAAUUUGGGCAGGGGAGUUUACCCCAGAGUCAGGGGUGUGCCUUUACCAUCCCCAGAAAAACCUGUCCAAAUUUGACGAAGUGAUAAAACCAAAUUGAAGUUUGUGCAUGCUCAGAGACUUGCUUGCCAGCUAAAUUUUCUGAAGAUUCCAGCUGCAAUGAGCAUGUUCCAUUCCCCUCACAGCUUCUGUGUGACAACUGCACUGCAUUUAUGCCAUUUGCACAGAGCAACUGAGCAUGCUUCAACCCAAGGCUCAGAACAGGACUUUUCCUGCAAAUGCUGCUUCUGGCUGCGGGGGGUAGUUGUAACCCAUGGGCACAUGAUCUGAGAUCAGGGAGACUCUCCUGUGCUCUCAAUAUUCCAAUUGCUGCCACCCAGGUAGUAUGGAGAAGAAGGAAAUGGCUGCAUUGGAAUGCACAGAAGUGGGAAAUGGGGCAAGAAAGAAUGUGAGGGGGUUGCAGGAACCAGAGGCUUGGGGAAGCAGAGGAGGAGUGGGACAGGAGCCAGGGGAUGGGAGGUUGGAUUGACUCAGAUGGAGAAUGAGCAUGAGCUGGGAUGGUGCACAUAAAAGCAGAGGUAGACAGAGAGGCUAGGGGUAUAGGAGUAAGGGCAUAACCACUGGAGAAUUUGGGACAUUUACCAGAUAGAGAACAGUGGUAUUGCUUCUCUAAUUUGAUUAAUAUAAAACUUCUGGUGUUUAGUGUAGUGAUACAAAGGUAACAGUAACAACAGCGGACAUAUGGAACGACAUAUGGACUUAAUAGCAGCUUAGAGCAAUUUGGGCAAGAAUACCAUGGCCCCAGCCUGAGUGGUUUUAAAUGAUGAGACCACAGGUAUCAGCUUUAAACAGAUUAAAGAAAAUAGUAUAUUUUUAUUUGCCAUGCAUGUCAAGGAUAUUAUCUUUUUUAUAUAGACAAUACCUUAAUUAGGAAAUCAACUACUAUAACACCCUUAUUCUAUCUAAUCUAAACAGAAAGUUCUAUUUCCAUAACACAGGACAGCAGCUAAGGAAAUAAGAGUGCUAAAAAUGUUGGAGAACUGAAAGAUUUGCAGAAAGUACACCAGUGGCUUCUUAUAACUAAUCCACAAUAAAUAGCAAGUGAUAACAACCCUUCUCAAUAAUCAGAGUUCUUAGUUAUUACUCACCUAAGUACAGGAAAACAAUGCAAGAUGCAUGCAAGGCUUCCAUUGACUUCAGUGGGACCUCAUGCACCCCUGCAGAAUUUGGACCUUGUGGUGUAACUAAAAAAGUAUCUGUAUGAGAAAAGCUUCAAAAUUAGGCCAAUUGUAACCUAAACCAUGCUUCUGUUCUCUCAGUUCCACCAAUUAAGAAAAAAAAAAAUUGCAGUUCCUCACUCAGACUGACAAUUCAUGACCCCAGUUGUUUGGGAGGAUGCCCUGUCCAGUGUUGGGCCUCCCUCAGAGAGAGGCUAUGUUUACAAGCAACCUUUCAAAAAAAUUGGUUGGUAGUAUGUUCUAGUUUUUAACAUCUCAAUCAGAUGACUGUUACUGCUACUUCCUACUGCACUCCCACCCACUGAUGUGCUCAUUCUUAAUUCUUCAUAUGGAUCAACACAUACCUAUGGAAAUUUUAGGCCAUUGGUAAAGGGGCAUUCUUUACAAGCAACAGAAUAUUGUUUUUAUAAAUGGGAGUUUUAUCUAAAGUCUAAUGUAUUGACCAAGGGUCUAGCUGUCAAGAUUCCUGGGUUUUAUUCCUAGCUAUGUCAGCAUUUGACCUUUAGCAAAUCACUAAUGUUUAUGAACAUCUCUAAAAUGUGCAUGCUAUCUACUGUAAAGGAGUGUUGAGGUCUAACAUUGUAAUGCUUGUGAGAUCUGUGGAUGGAAGUUGCUAUAUCUCAUUUUAUCUGAAGUGAGAAGUAGCAUCUUUUUUUCCCUUACCCCAAAGCCUGCUGUGUCUUGUCAGAUAAAUUGUGAAAUUUUCAUAGCUUUCCAAAUGAACACCUCUUUCACUUACCGAAGCAGUAAAUUAAAUGUAUUUGAGCAUUCAUUAAAUUUGUUUAACUUGUGCGUUAUUGCACUCUUAUUGUUUGCAAAGUACAUUUUAAAAAAUAUAUUUAUAGCGCCAAAUUCACUAGUGCAUUCUGGCUACUUUAUGUCAUUCAAGCAAUACAAAGCAGCUGAAAAUAUGGUGUAAUUGACCACUUAAAUUGGGUUUGCAGCUGCUUUGCAUCACCAGAGUGGCAUACAACAGCACGAUCGUACUAAUGAAUUUCGCCUACAGUGAAGGCUGCAUUUUUUGCCAUGAGGGAGUCAUAGAUUUUUAACAUUAUAUCCAUGAUUUCUGAGACUUUGGGUUGUAGAUAGGUGGAUGUAAUAAUGAACAGUUGAAUCAAUUUUACUAAGAACUUUAAGUUUUAAAUUUGAUGACUCAAUCUACAAAGGGAGGUAGAGACAGAUGGAAAUCCAGUACUAUAGAGGGAUCUGUACAGUGCUUCUGUCCCUGCUGCCUUUGCAGAGACAAGCAAAUUGUGCCAUAAAGGCAGCAUUUAGAGUCUCUUGCCUGCCCAUCUUCCCAUGCUACUUCUGUGCACUGAGGGCCUGAACUUGUGCCAUUUAAGUCAGUAGAAGUUUUACUGAUGACUUCAGUCGGAGCAGGGUUCGGGCUCUAGUGGGAAAGCAAGGGAAAAUGGUUCUACUUUUAUGUCCUGUUUCUAUAAACACUUAUGCAUAUGCUAAGCUUCCGAGUUUCCCCAUUGGGACUGCUCAAAGCAGUAAAGUUAAACAUAUGCAUAAGUGUUGCCAAGAUGAGGGCCUAGGUUACGUUUCAGUGAGUUUAAAUUGACAUUUUGUGACAAAAGACAUUAAUUUGUCUUUUUGCCUCUUAUUCAGUGAGCAGUCUGACUUUUGGGUCAUUUACCAUGGCAGAGCACUAGCCUUAGCACUUUAUAUAAGGAAUCAGUAAACUAAAACUGUCACCAUUGAAAACAUCUAAGAUAGUAAAAAUAACUAAGAAGACAUAAAACAUGACCAAAUACUAGUGAAUAGAUAUUGCCUAAUGUGAUUCCAUUCAUGAAUUAGAAAGCCACAAACCAUAAGUAUAAAUGUAACCCGUUUACAUAUGGUACAUUGAUAUUAUCAUCUUCCUCUGUUAUCAUGAGGUAGUAAUAUUGAUUAAUGUUCUCAUUGAAUCGCUUGUUUUAACACUUCUUGGAGGUAAAUUUUGAAAAGCACUGAAGGCAGAAUACUUAUGGUGUGGUAAAUUACAAUUUUUUGCUGUGAACUUUGCCUUGAUUCACAGCUCAUGCAGUAUGUAGAACUUCAUGACAAAUAAAGGAGGGAAGGACUAAAGAGUUCUGUUUGUUUAUAUGAACAUAUCCCUUUAGCUUUUACCAUGAAGUUGUACAAAAGCCAAAGCAAAUUCCAAUCUUACACUGUUGUAGAUUAGGAGUAACUCCAUUGUAGUCAAUGAGUGAGUUACUUCCAUGUAAAGCUGGUAUACAUGAGAUCAGAUUCAAAACCCUUGUGUUACUCACAAGGCUAUAAUAAUGGCAAGCUACGGAUCUAAAAUAUUGGGCCUGAUUGUGUUCUUAUAUUGUGUAAUUGAUUUCAGCAGAGUUACACCAGUGUGAGAACAUAAUCAGUCCGCUUUGUCUUUGUUUUGUGUUCUCUAGUGUUUGUCCCUGUAGGUCCUUAAUUUCUUAAUGUCCAUAUGCAAAUAUACAUAUUUAGCUUGUAUUUUCAAAGCAGUGAAAUAAUGUGCUAGUAACUCAAAAGUUUUCAUUAUCCUAUCCUGUGACCAACAAAAUGGAGUCUUUAUGUCUCAGGCUGUUUUUGUUUCUAUAAAGAGUUCUUCUGCUUUUUUGUUGUUAGUUGUUGAUGUAGCACUAUAUGUCUGUGUUCACAAUACCUAUACAAAAGUCUCCAUUUAAAAAGUCAGCACUUAAAAUUACUGCACCACAGUAUAUGAAAAAAUUGUGGUAUCUCAGGUAACAUAAUGUAGUAGCUAUUGGUGAAUGCUGUGUAUUUUCCUCAAGUUAGUUAUAAGCUUUAGUUAUGCAGCCCUAUUCCCAUAUAUGUAAGAGAAUUGCUUUAGUUCAGUGGAAAACUUGACUAAUUUGAGAAACCAGGCAUAGACUUUCCAGAAAAUAAUACAUACUGACAGUGAUUCGUAAAGGGUGAAACUAAUUAAAGUGUGCUAAUUGGUUCCAAUGUGGUAUUUGUUGGGACUGCAUUAUAAAUGCUGAAUCCAACUUUGCACAGUGUAGAGAAAUUUCGCAUUGGGUCACUAAUGAAAUCAAAAAGUACUGUUUACAUGAUUCUAGAAACAUGUCAACAGAGACAUUAGAUCUUUUUUUUGGUUCUGUAACAUGAACUUAAUAUUAAGUGAGCAACUGUAUGAAGAGCUGUAUUUGUUUGUUUCCAGAAAAACUCGAGUAACUUUCUUUUGUUACACAGUUGACCUAUCAGCACAACAGCUUCUUCUAAUACAUUAAUAGAAGCAGCAUUAAACUGAAUUCUGGUUCUGUCUGACUUGAAUGAUUUUGAUGCUUUCUGAUGGUAAUGUUAUCUCUUAUGAAUGUCUGCACAAUGUCCAUAUUUAUUGUAUUGUCCACAUGGAGAAAUUUACUAAGUUUUGAGCACGUGUAGGUAGCUCUCCUUUCUUCUUUGUAUAAUGAUGUCAAUAUAUCAGAAUUAUUGUUCAAAGUAUAACCAUUUUCAUUGCUAAAUGUGAGCAACAUAAGUUAUAAAAGUGUCUUCCAACCACUAAAGUGUUCUUGUAUCAGCAGCUUUACGUUCUAUUAAGCAUUUUUUAUUAUUGAAAUAAAAGCAAAACACUGCCACAUAAAUAGA